CGCACUCUUCUUUCCCUGCGCCGUGCUGAGCUGGAAAAUGGCUGUGUGCGAGAGCAGGGAGUUAUGAACGGGAAAAGAAAGACAGAGCGAGAGAAAGACGGCGAAGUGAAGAAGUGAGCCAGAGGUUUUUGCCACAAGUUUAACGCGCACCGAGGAGCCGCCGAGUGCAGAUAAAAGCUCCACACGGACUCUUCGUCGGCUGCUUUGACGCGUUGAGAAAAGCUCCGGGAGCCAAAAGUGAGAAGAGUCAAGAAAUAUCCGCGGGUCGGUCACAAUUCCUGCCCAGAACGUGUUGCAGAUCUGAGAGAACCGGACAGGAUUAAAGACCUUCCCACUCUGCCGUUCGUCCUCCAAUCAGACCACCUGAUUUGACCGCGGAGACCCAACGACGCAGGGCCCUCGACUGGAAAAAUCUUUAGCCAGGCUGCUCCGGUAGCACCCAGACAGCAGGUUUUUGCUGCUUGAAAGAGCAUGUUGCCAACGCUCUCCCUCUGCUCCAUCAUCUGGCUCAACCGGGGUAUCAAGCUGAGGAAAGUGCACCAGUCCAGCAACACCGGUCAGGUCUGAAACCGCUGCCACUGCAGACCCAACAGCAGCAAAGCGCUACCUUAGCAACUUUUAAAAAUGCUCCUAAGCUUCGGGUGACUUCCCCUCCUCCCCUCACUCCCUGACCUGACCCUUUAAGCCACUGUACCAACACCAGACUUUAGUGACUCAGCACUCAUUUUUGGUUUUCCGAGGAGGAUUUCUGCAUAGCUCAAACCCUGUCGUUGCAGUGGGACUCGGGCUGCACCGUCUAAUCCUCUGUUCAGUGGCCAUUUUAGUUUUUGACUCCAUUACAAAAUGGCGGCGGAAGGUUUCCAGUACCGUGCCCUCUACACAUUUACCAAGGACCAGGAAGAGGACUUGGACCUGCAGCCGGGAGACCUCCUGACAGUCAGCAAGGCCUCUCUGAUGUCCAUGGAGAACUACCAGGAGGGCUGUGUGGAGCAGCCCGAGCGCCUGGGAUGGCUGCUCGGGUACAACGAGCGCACCAAGCAAAGAGGCGACUUCCCCGGGACAUAUGUCGAAUACGUGGGACCCAUCAAGAUGGCGCUUCCAUCGAGUCAGCCUAGAUCCCAGCGACCUCUCCCCGCCGCUCCCAGACCAGAAUCGUCUCAAGCUGUUUCAGUGCCGGACCUGAGCGAGCAGUUCACACCACCAGAGACGGCUCCCCCAGCCCUCAUCAGCCUGGUCCAAGCCAUAGAGAAGAGAGGUCUCGACUAUAAGUCAUUGUAUCGGACAGUUUGCUCCUCUGGUUCAGACAGUCCAGUGUACAGCUUGAGCUCUGAGAGUGACACGGGUCAGAGGGAUGUAGAUUACCUGUCUGAGAGCAUCCUGCAAUACUUAAGAGACCUCCCAUCACCCGUCGUCCCUCCAUCCAUCUACCCUCACCUUCAAACCGCUGUGAUGCAGCAGCAGGUCCUCCAGCAGUCAGCAGACGGAGCAGUUGCUGGUAGCCACGACAGAGAGGUCAGCUUGGUCCUUGAGAGCUCCAGCGCCUUCCCCCUUCAUCACCGUCUCACCCUGCAGUACCUCCUCACACACCUGGCCAAGGUCACCCAGGCUCAAGCCAGCAACGGCCUCGACACACACACUCUGGGCAAGAUCUUUGGCCCGCUGCUGAUUCGGACAGGUCCUUCUAUCCCUUGGCUGUCAUCAGAUGAGGAAUUCCCUGCCUUGGUGGUGGAGAGGCUGCUGAUAGAGAGAACGACAGAGCACGACCUCACUCCUCCAGUUCUCCCAGCAAAGCCAGUCAAGUCAAAAAUGACACCAUCAGCCAUGACAGACACAAGCAGCCUGCUGAAUGAUGCCGAAUGGUACUGGGGAGAGAUUUCCAGAGAGGAGGUGAAUGAGAAACUGCGAGACACUCCAGACGGCACUUUUCUGGUGCGAGACGCCUCGAGCAAACUGGAGGGCGAGUACACUCUCACCCUCAGGAAAGGGGGGAACAACAAGCUUAUCAAGAUUUAUCACCGAGAUGGGCGGUACGGUUUCUCAGAGCCUCUGACCUUCCUGUCUGUAGUGGAGCUCAUCAAUCACUACCGCCACGAGUCUCUGGCUCAGUACAACGCCAAGCUGGACACCAAGCUCCUGUACCCGAUUUCCAAGUACCAACAGCUGGUGAAGGAAAACAGCAUAGAAGAGGUGGGAGAGCAGCUGAAGGUUUAUCACGAGCAGUACCAGGAGAAGAACCGCGAGUAUGACUCUCUGUACGAGGAAUAUACACGCACCUCACAGGAGCUGCAGAUGAAGCGAACAGCCAUCGAGGCCUUCAAUGAAACCAUCAAGAUCUUUGAAGAGCAAUGUGAGACUCAGGAGCGAUACAGCAGAGAGUCUCUGGAGCGAUUCCAACGCGAGGGCAACGAAAAGGAAAUUCAAAAGAUCCAGAGCAACUCGGAGCGGUUGAAAUCUCGUGUGAAGGAGAUCCACGACAGCAAGCGGAAGCUGGAGCAGGACCUGAGGCAGCAGGUCUCUGACAACAGAGAGAUUGACAAGAAGAUGAACAGCCUCAAGCCGGAUGUCAUGCAGCUUCGCAAGAUCAGAGACCAAUAUCUGAUAUGGUUGACACAGAAGGGAACACGACAGAAGAAGAUCAAUGAAUGGCUCGGCAUAAAGAACGAUGCAGAUGACUCCUACUCGCUGGAGGAGGACGAGGGCUCACCCCACCACGAUGAGUGUACCUGGUACGUGGGCGAUAUCAAGCGCACCGAGGCCGAGAAUAUGCUGAGAGGCAAAUGCGACGGAACCUUUCUCAUCCGUGAGAGCCAAUCACAGAAGGGCUCCUACGCCUGUUCUGUAGUUGUGGAGGGCGACGCCAAACACUGCGUCAUCUACAAGACGGUCACAGGCUACGGAUUCGCCGAGCCCUACAAUCUGUACUCGUCCCUCAAAGACCUGGUGCUCCACUACAAAAACGUCUCCUUGGUCCAACACAACGACCAGCUGAAUGUAAAUCUGGCCUACCCAGUCCUGGCCCGCUCUCAGAACCAGAACCAGCACCCCAGAUGAAUCCACCAGCAGUGUAGGACGCCAUCCAGGGUGGGAAAACUAAACUUUCACUCAUAUGCAUUGGGAAAAGAUAAUCCCCUGGACAAUGCUUGCUCGUGUGUUUAAAGUGGCAGGUAAAAUAGACUCAAGAAAUUCAUGUGUUUUUGGCUGGAGGCUGGUGCUGAUUUCCUACAUUGACUCAGUCCCAACAAAGGGCACUCCUUGCUAACAGCAUAGCUUCAUAAUAAGCACACGACUACUGAUAACGAAGCACUGUACAGUUAGCCUGGCCGAUGCAGUGAGGUGAAACUUGAUGAGAGUUGCAUUAGCCAGCCAUGACUGUACAGUGUCAGUUAUGGAAAAAAAGUGUGAGAAAUACACAAGAAAAUACAUUUGAUACAGAGAAAAAAACUGACUAAAUGUGUUAUAGGAAGACAAAAUAAGCACACAAAAAUAUUUUUUUGAACAUUGUGGGGAAGAAGUGGAGGGACCAGAUGGUGGGAUGAUGGGAAAAUUUACAGGAGGCACUUUUGUUUUUUGCCUUGAACACAAGAUAAAUGUCCACAGACAAAGGCCCGAUCUGUCAUCCCCAGACUGCCUGCAAACUCUCCAUAGACAAAAGGCUGAGCUGUCAUCCGCUGAAAGGACUGGCUUGGCUGAACCAGGCUGCUCGCUUCACACCUAACAGCGGCUGAGAAACGGUGGCCUGGAGGGCGGUUUAGUCACUGGAGGCCGAAGGGGAUGGGGGGGAGAUUGAUGUUUUAUGGGUUUUUAAAAGAUUAAUUCAGUUUAAAGCUUGCAUAAGUGCCAUAGUAAUAGCUUUGAAUGACCACAAGCCUGUGUCGCUAGAAUAAAUGGGGCACGUCGAGGUUGAAAGAAGGACGAGGAGGAGGGACUGAAUGGCUGUCGACAUAGACAAAGCUACAGCUUUAAAAAAUAUAUACACAUAGGUAUAUUUUUUAUGAAAUGAUCUUUAUUUCCAACUGCUUUGGCUUGUUGCUCUCUCUCAGUGGGUCUCUUUUUGAACUGACGAGGUACAACGUACAGCAAACGCUGUAUAACAGGAUACAAAUGCAUGGUACAUAUUUGGUGCAUUGUGAAUAAUGCAUCACAUUUAGUCACAAUACACCAGAUCGACAGGUACUUUGAUAAAUGCAGUUCCACAUGAUUCAGGUUUCCGUCUAAAUGGAACUUGUGGAGCGAUUUCUGCAUCAGACGUCUCUUUGUUUCAAUCUUCUUCCUUCUUUUUUCAUCCUCUUUAAUACUGUAGCACCUGUAGCCAUCGACUUAAGGCACUGUUAGUGCUCCUCCUACGUGUCUUGCUUCUAUAUGCUAAAGACACUUGCAGAGCAUUAAUCUUUGUGAUUAUUGUAUCUUGGGUACUGUAUUUGCUUCAUCUCUACUUAGAUUAGACUGUUUUCGUGGUACAGUGUCCUUGCAGAUGUUUAUCGUUGUUAUUUUUUAUGCGGAUUUACUCACGGUACUUCUUCUCCCUUGCGCUUGACUGUUCAUUUCAUCACAAGCUUGACUCACAGAGCUGUAGAACAUUGAUGUAAAAAAAGAAAAGGAAGCAGUAAUAUAACUCAUGUACAGUAUAUUUCAGACUCACAUGCAGUCAGUGUAUGUGACUUUAUACAGUUUCAUCGCUGUGUUUCUUUAUGUUGUCAGAAUAUUUGCUAUGCUUUUAGAUUCUGUUUAAGGAUGCAAAGUGUCCGCUUAAUGUGAGCCAAAUGAAGGAUGUGUUUUCAUGUAGCAAGGAAGAAAUAAAAAGGAUCAGUCCUUUUGCCAUUUAGCAUGGCCUCUGUGGUCUGAGAGAUUAUCCAGUACAGUAUGCAUGGAGUCCUUCAUUUGGGUUGUUGUUUAUCUUUUUUUUUUUUUUUAACUUGGACUAGUGGUUGAAACUUGUGCUUUUUGUAGUGCAUAUACAGUAUGGUGUGUGGUCUUACUAUGCACAACAGUCGUGUGUUUGUGUGUGUGUGUGUGUGUGUGUGUGUGUGUGUGUGUGUGUGUGUGUGUGUGUGUGUGUGUGUGUGUGUGUGUGUGUGUGUGUGUGUGUGUGUGUGUGUGUGUGUGUGUGUGUGUGUGUGUGUGUGUGUGUGUGUGUGUGUGUGUGUGUGUAAUACGUUUUAGAUUUAGACAGAGUUUUAAGAUCAGUUCCCUCAAUCUGUUCUGUGCUGUGGCAGUGAAUUCUCCUGUUUUUCCACAUUGAUUUGGAUUGAGGUAAAGAUCGUACCGCCUCUAUUCAAUGUCACUUUCAAAGCACAGGAGGCACUUGUGUAGAUGCAGGGUUAUUCAGUUGUUAUUGUGCAGUCAAUGAAAAUGUUGCGAUAAAAAAAAAUAGGCGUCAUUUGAUGCUGCUUUUAAACUUGAUUUACGUAGUUGAUUUCUUGAGAUGAAAAAAUAUAUGAUCUUUCAAAUUUCUUACAUAUAUCAGACUGAGAAUGCCAAAAACACCUAUUUUUGUAGGAGAAUAAAGAACAGCCAGAAGCCAGUGAAAAUAGAACGUUUAAGAAAUGAGUGUACUGUCUUUAAAGGUUGUGCAUUUGGUGUUUUGGAUUUGUUUUAAUUGUUGUCCCUUGUUGUGGAGGGAUAGAAGUUGAAGUUUUCUUCCAGAAUGAGAUGUUCACCUACUUCUCUUAUUGUCAUAAUUAUUAGUUAAUAUCAAAUUCUGUCUGAUUACCCAAGCUUCCUACAGGCACAGUGCUGUUUUUAUUAGCAUCAUUUCUCUUCCAGAAAUGUUGAGGCACAAAUUUCAGGUAGCGACAUUUUUCCAGACAGACCAGUCCCAUCGUCUAAUGAGCCCCGACUUAAACGGUUUAAAUUAAGACAUCGUGUUGAUUUUUCAUCAGGACGAAUCAAUUGUACUGUACUUUGCACAGUUCUUGGCAAGUAGACGAUCCCAAGAAUUAAACUAGAGGUGACACCGGUGCUUCUGAUAAGAGGGCUAUAAAAACAUGUGAGUGAGAAAGAUUAGAAGUGCCUUGAGUCAUUGUGAUGAGCUUGUUGGCUCCUCAUUGUCAUUGGAGCACUGCUCCAUAAGAUGGUGCCACCACCACCACAUGUUGUGCCCCAUAGUUCACAUGUUUGCCAUGUAACACACACUAAAGGGUAUCUGGCAAAUGAGCGUAUUUGUUGUGUGUGUGAUUGUGUGUGUGUGUGUGUGUGUUAGAGCAAAUCUGAGCAUGUCAUAGAUAAGAGUGGCAGAUUUUAGCUGUGCCUCUUUGUUGUUACAUUUCUAGUUGUUACAUAUUCCUUCUUUCGAUGGUGGGGGCUGUACAGUAGCUUGGUGCUCUCUCUCUCUCUCACUGUGCACCCAAGCUAGCUUUCUUUGGUGUUUUUAUUUUUUGUUCGUUUGUUUGUUUGUCUGGUAUAUUUUUUGAAUAAAACUCAGAUAAGAUAGAAAUGUGAACAGUACACAUCUGUGGCCCAGACCAGUUGUUUGAAGCUCAGUUGAUGAAAAGCUCUCAAGUUAAUGCAUGCAGCAUUUCUCAGUGUUUCGUAUUAAGUUAGUUCCUUCGUGAACAUCUGGUUGAGUCAUCCACCACUGCUGACGCAUCCAUUAUCCAGUUUGUUGGACCAACACUUUUCGACUGCACUUUUUUCCCCCCCUUGUUCCGCACACUCGAGCUAGUGUGUCGCCCAGCAUCCAUAAACUGACAGACAGUGGUGACGCUCAGUGUUUUUAGUUGGUAGUUUUCAUACGGUAUAUCAGGAGUGGUUGACGGCUUCUUUAUCAUAUCGGAGUAUACAGUGUACAGUAUAUGCUUUUGUUGUUUUGCAGUCAACAACUGUCUUGUAAAUCUGAUGCUUUUGACUGAAUGCAAUGUUUUCAUUAUAGAGUUGAUUUUACUGUGUGGGCUGUAGAAACUCUGUAGUGCUUUUCAAACCAACUUUAAGGAGAGCUGCUGGCUCAUUAUGCAAUUUGUGUCUGCACGGCAAAACUGUCCAACUUAGCAUGAGGAGUUUUCCUAAAAGAUCCAGUUACUGAAGGACACUUUUUCAUUUGUUUCCAGUGGUAUCUAAACGUGCAGAUUUUCUCUAAACAAAAAAAAAAAAAGUGUUCACAGUGAGGUUUUGUAUCAGUUACCAGGAAAUGAGUUCUUAUUGAGCAGCACAAACUAAAUUCUAUUGUACUUGGGUGGUGAUACAAAUCACCUCCAAACCUCAGCACAUGUAAGUGAAACUACACGCAUGGCUGGAUGCCACAUGGAUUAAACGAAACUAUGUUGGGGAUUUUUAAGGGGAAUUUGUGCAGAUGAAACAAAAACACACUGACGGGGCAAAAUAGUUUCAGUUCAUCAAGUAAACUUGCCUACUGGGGUCAUGAACCAGGUGGUUCUGCUUCCAUUUACGCAAUUUGCUCAACUUUGUACUUUGUAAUAUCUUCCCACUUGUUAAGCUGAACAUUUUUGCAGUGCAGACUUUCAUCUGCCAUAUAUGCCGUGUUAUUCACAGAUAUUUAAUAGCUAGAGGCAACGCUAGUAGCAAUGAAACCUGGUCGCUCAGUGAGACGGGCAUGAAAAGGGCAGAUGAUGAAGACUUUAUUGCGCUUUGACUUGGAGUUGGAACUCUGAAACUCAAAGCUUUCAUCCUGCUCGUGUAUUAGAUAUGCAUCUUGGAGCUUCUUGAAAAAACAGUUUUUCUACACGACAAAUGCUCAUUCAAGGAAUUAAAUAUUUUUUCAUCAUUCUUUGGUACACUGUAAAUGAUAUUUCUUGAAACGGCCUAAAUACAUAAAGCACAUCUUUCACUGACUACAAAGAAACGCAUAUAUUUGGUGUCUAUUAAGGUUUGAAGAAUGAGAGACAUACUAGAGAAUAAAUAUUUUCAAAUAUAUACUUAGAUAUCUAUAUUUUUGGAUGAUUUAACUCUGAUUUGGAUUGUGCUUGAAACAAAUCAGAAGGAGGCUUUGAUGUGAACACGAUCUUUGGACUCGGUUCACAGCUGCUUUGUACUCGAGCGGUUAUUGAAACGCAAGCAUUUUUACUAAUCCGCUGCAGUGAGCUUCAUCAUGAUCACCAACAAACUUUGUGGCUACAGUUGAUUGACGUACGCGUAAUGUAUUUAGCAUAAUUAUCAGGUGCAUUCAGAGGAUGAAGCAAGCUCGUGUACAUGUGUUAAUAUUUACAGAGCUGAGUCUAUAUGUUAAAUGCAGUCUUGGCUGCUUUGCAUUUAUUAAAUAUUAGAGUUUUUUUGUUUGUUUUUUUUAUUGAACAUGAGAAUCUGUUUUGUCAUUUGGAAGAUUCUGGUUUUUUUUGUGAGUAGAGGCAGUGUUAAAUUUGCACCACAAAAGAUACACUUGAUGCAGCCGCUGAGGUCCGCCGCGGUGUUGGACGCCGACGCUGUGACCAAGCUGUCGUGUCUGACUGUGGCCGAUCUCUGCGGUCGCUGCAGGGUUUAUUUUCGCCUGGAUUUGCACUCGCAGGCAGAUGAUAAAACGACCAAGUAAAAGUAAAACCUGUCAGAGAAAAAGCUACACGAUUGAGCUGGUGAUGAUCACUCCUUAACGCAGAUCUUUGUACAUGGAACAAUGAUGGCAUUAGAAAGUGAUCUUUUAUGGUGCCUAAGUAUAUAUUUUUUUUUAUUUGGCUUUUUAAAAAAGCUGAUAAAUUUGUCCAAGUGUUUCUUUGUUUGUUUGUUUGUUUGUUUAUACCUGUCAAUGAUAACCUUUCAGAGCCUAUAAAGAAAAAAUAAGCUAGCUUGAAUUUUUUUUCCUCCAUACAGAAAAAAAAACAAAUACAAAUGUUUACAAUAUGUAAUUAACCAAAUAGUAAAUAUGCGUUUGAGAAUCAAUCUGUCUGUCCCUCAAAGCGGCUGUGAUAGGUUGAUUUAUAUUUCUUUAUUUCCUCUGUCAUUUAAACUUGAAAAUGUUAUGACUGCUUGUUCUGUUUUCUCCUGUUUCAGUUCGUUCCUCUCUGUUUUUUUUUUUUAUUUUUACUCGUGAGAACAGUGCUCCCUCACUUUCAAAAUAAUAACAAGACAGUUCAAUAGGAUUCAUUUGUCCGUAACACAAAUACUCAUCGGUCUGUGUCAUUCUUUGCCUGCUGACUACUUCACCUCACACUGAGCCUUGUUUGUGCUGAAUCCUAACUUGAUACCCUGUUGAAUCUUUUGCUGUUUAUUUAAUGCACAGUUUGGUGCAUCUCCGGUAAAAACUCAAAGAAUUAAUAUGGGUUCAAAAGUUGUGAAUAACAGUAAAACCACACCACUUGGUGAACAUACUUGAGUACACUUUCAGUACAUUAAAACAGACGUGGAAAUUCAGGCAUCCUACUCUUGUUGUUGCACUACACGGCAAAUGAUGCUUCAAAGGAAAAGCUGAAUCGGUUGCUCUAUUUGUUGGUUAACUCAUUAUCAAGACCAAAAUUUAGCCAUUAUAUUCUCAGCUUCUGCGCGGCUUCCAUGUAAAAUAUGCUGACGUUAACUACUGCACUUUCAUUUCCCAUUUUCUGUCGUGGAAAGUUGCCAUCUGUUUGAUUAAUCUCAUGUGAAUGUCGUAGUAUUGUUCACUGGUGUACGGUAGUUCAUGUUCCAGACUCCACUCUGCAGGUCGCUGGUGCUUCAUUUUGCAGCAGCCUGGGCAACGUUACAGAGCGGCGGCAAUUAAAAAUCCACAUUUUACACAAAUCACAGCAGCACCCAGCGCUCUGCAGUGUUGCCCAACAAGUUGCUUCGUGCAUCACCGGCUCACCCAGCAGCAGCAACAGAUGUACGGCUAAUAAUCGUAGUUAAUAAUGAUGUGGUCUUCUCUUUCUUUCAAAAAAUGGUGAAUGGAAAUGAAUGGGGCAGUCAGAUAAAGCUACUCUACACCAAAGUGCAAUUGAACGCCGAGGGAGCACUGUUGUUUCAGCCAGUGGAGGCCCACUGGCUGUGGUGUGCCCAGCCCUGAUACACAAAAAGAAAGUUCUUUUUCUGCUUCUUCUCUUGUGUUAUCCUCCCUCCGUUGGUCUGUCUUAACUCAGAUGCGACAUUUCUUUCUUUCUCUCUCGUGUACAGCUUGCUUCAGAGUUGUUUGUCCUCAGACAGGUACUCUUUGAUCUGUACGGUUCUUUCUUUAGGCUGAUGCAAUGAUUUUAAAAGACAAUAAAAGAUAGUAAAAUGAAA